UAAACACAACCCCAACACGCAAUAGAGAGACACAACUCACAUACCCUCAAAACAAACUACUCGUGACCCUUCUUUUCCCUUUUCCUAACCAGCCGGUUCAUCUUCUAAACGUCUCUUCUUUACCUCUCGUCUUCCUUUCUCUCUCCUCUCAAACUCCCCUAUUCCCAUGGCUACCGAGGAAGACCAGCCCAUCUACGCUUUCGACGAUGAUGAAGAUGAUGAAGAUGAUAGUGAAACUCUCAAUGGGGCUGUUCCUGAUGACGAUGUCGUCGUAGAUUCCGAUUCUUCGUCUGGAGAUUCUGCCGCUGUUACUGUCGCUAUACCUUCUUCUGCUUCAAUCUCUGUUGCUGUUCCUCCUCCUAUUACUCCGUCUAAUGCCGUUACCGUUGCUCUUCCUGACCCGAAACGACAGCUGUCUUGUUCUCCGAUUGUGAAUCCUGAGAAAAAGCCGAUCGAUGAUUCUAGAAGGCUUUUUCAACGUCUUUGGACUGAUGAGGAUGAGAUCGAGCUGCUCAAUGGUUUUCUCGAGUAUACUGCUAAUCGUAGUACGACGUUUUCUGGUCAUCAUCAUGAUACGGCGGCGUUUUAUGACCAGAUCAAAUCCAAACUUCAAUUGGAGUUCAAUAAGAAUCAGUUGGUGGAGAAAUUGAGGAGGUUGAAGAAGAAGUAUCGGAAUGUCUUAAGUAAAAUGAGUUCUGGUAAAGAGUUUGUUUUCAAGAGCCCACACGAUCAACAAACUUUUGAAAUUUCUCGAAAAAUUUGGACUAAUUUGUCUCCGAAUUUCCGUGGUGUUGCUGAAUUUGAUGAUGACGAUCAAAACCCUAACCCUAAUGCUAAUCAAUUAGCACUUGCUUGCGCGACUCCGCCAAGGCCGCCAAAUAGCAGUUUUGUUAUCAGUCACAUCAACCUCAACAGUGCUGCGGCUGCAGCCAAUUCAUCUACACCUAUGAUGGUUGAUCAGAAACCAGGUAGUAGUGGAAUUUAUAGCAUCAAUAAUAAUUCUGUUACUCCUAAUAAUGUUGUUGGUUUUGAUGUCAUGAUGUCAAAUUUGAAUAUUCCUGCUGCGAAAUUGUCGUCUAGGAAGAAGCCUAGGAUUGGGAAAAUUGAUGAAAAGUUUGUGAGACCUGUGAAUUUGAGUGGAAAUGUUGGUGUAGAGGGUAUGAAUGUCGAUGAAAAUACUAAUGUUAACAACAAUCACAAUAAUAAUAAUGUUAGUAAUAUUAGUACUAAUAGUAGUAAUAUCAAUCUUGGUUCAACAAUGCAAGGGUUGAUAGAGGAGGCAGUGAGGAGUUGUUUGUCACCAAUGGUUAAACAGUUGGUGAAUAAUACUGUGAAUGGGGCGGUGUUUGGAGGCAGUGGUGGUGGGAUUAAGGGACUUGGGUCAUUGUCUUUGAACGCGGUUCCUUUGAGUUUGUCAGGGGUGAAUGUGUUGGGCGGUAGUUGUGGCAAUGUAAUGGGUGAUAAGUGGAGAAAACAGCAGAUCUUAGAGCUUGAAGUGUAUUCAAAGCGUUUAGAGUUGGUUCAAGAUCAAAUCAAGAUGUCGUUAGAGGAGCUCAGAUCGCAAGGGAAUUAAAUGUCUGAUUUAGAAAGGUGAUUGGGUUAGGUUAGUUGAUGUAGAUUUGUGAGUUUCUCUGAUUAAUUUUCCCUGUUUGAUCGGUGGUCGAACAUCGAUUUGGCUGAUAUAAUAUCUGUAGCUAGUAACUCAGAGUUGAUACCUUUUUUCUUUCUUUCUUUUAGUUUGACAUAAAAGAGAGCUGUUGAAUAAUGUUGAUUCUAGGUGACGCUCCUUGCCGAGCUUAAUUUCAUGUAUAGCAACGAAUUUAAUAGAUAAAGUGGAUCAUAUUGACGAAUUAUGUACUUCAAGUCUUGUUUUUGGCUUUUCGUAUAGUUGAUUACUCCAAGUACUAUGUACAGCCUACUUGCUGGAUUUUCAAGUAUUUAUACAUCUGUGGGAUGGAGGUGGAGUUAUGUUGUUGAAUUGGCCUAGUAAUUAGUGAAUUUUCCAGUGUUUUUUUUCUUUCUAAAUUCAAUUACAAAUUGCUGUUACUUCUGAU